UAAGGGGAGUAUCCCCCAAAGCCUUCCUGUGCUUAUGACUGAGUGGUUUAAAAAAACGAAGGGGGUCUUUGGUGGCCUCUCUCCCUUUGACCUCCUUACCCUUUGCGUACUUUGCUUUAUUAUGCUGUGCAUAUCUUAGAAAAACUGUGAAGGCAGAAAAUGAUGAGUUCAAUUAGCCAAGAUAAGCUAAUCCUAUAGUUGAAAAUGAUUACCAUAUACCUCUUUUGUGAUCUUAGGAAAAUUUCCUACGGUGGUUCUGUUAAAAGAAUAAUAAUUUCCAAAUUAAUUAUCGCUUAUCAUUAUCUUUAUUCAAAGGCAAAAAAUAUAGGAAAAGUAUCUAGAGAUUCGCAUUAUAUUAUCGAAAACUAGCGAUUUUCCUUUUUGUCCAAUUAUCAAUAUUUUGCCCAGCAGGGAUCGAGCGGCCGGUACUUUUUGCUGCAAAAACUGUUCAUUGUCUUCGAUAUCAAAUUUUUAUUUUGAAGAUCCUUUGGAUAAGAAAGAUACUAGUUAAAUCCUAAGUUUCUGAUUACCUGAGGUCUCUCAUCGCAUAUCAUGCAGCUGUGCAACCUGUAAAAAUUUCUAUCGAUGAACAAAGGACUGUCUGAAGUGAAGUCCAGGGAAUCAAUAAUGACUACGCCUUAUGAAGUAAGAAGUGAAGAAACCAUCGGCCAUGAAAAGGAGCUUCCUUCUUUAGGUGGUGAUUAUAUAAAUAUGUUUGUUCAGAGACAAAGAACGUAUUUAGCUGAAGAAAAAAGAAUUUUAAAAGAAGAUGUGGAUGAUCGAAACGGGUUUGAAAAAAGCGACGAAGAAGGACAAGAAGGUCAGCAAGAGACUAGCUCAGAGGUUGAAGGUAUAAGUCAAGAAGAAGCAUCAUUUAUUGCUGCAUCUUUCCAAGUCACAAAUGAGACUGCUUAUUCAAGAAGAAAAGAUUCAAAACAAAUCCCCAAGUGUAUGGUAUGUGGUCCACCCAAAGACAAUAUCAAGAGUGAAUACACAAAGCUCUCCUCUUGUCCAGAUAUUGAAAAAGAAAUUCGUGAACUUUUGAAAAUACUUUCACCUCCAGAUGAUUCAGAUGUCUGCUGUUGCAGGUGUCUAGAUUUCAUGAAGUCUUAUCAGACCAUGAAGAGGGAGAUAAUAGCUCUCCACAUCGAUGCACAGCUACAUGUACAAUUACAUGACGAUGACAAUCAUUCUGGGGAAUCAGAUUCAGAAGAACUUCAAUUGAAUAAUGAAGGGAAUAAAGGUCACAAUCCAGAUAAAGAUGUUGAUAUGCUUAUCAAGCAUGAAAGUAUUGCCAUUAAAUCUGCAGAUGAAGAUGAUUCUGUUGGAGAACAUGUUACCUCACAAAAACGCUUUAAGUGUCAGUACUGCGAUAAAACAUAUACACAGAAAGAGGAUUGGAGAGUGCAUGAGAGAAGACAUACUGGAGAAAAACCAUUCAAAUGUCAGCAUUGUGACAAAAAAUUUUAUAGGAAAUAUUCUUGCGAUCAACAUGAAAAGCUGAUGCACAUAGACAGACCAUACCAGUGUAAGGUUUGCUUUAAACCUUUCCCAACCACUAAAGACUGUGAGGAACAUGAAAGUACCCACACUGUGCAAAGACCUUACCAGUGCCAAUACUGUGACAGAUCAUUUGACAGGAAGGAUGCAUGGAUUGAACAUGAACGGAUUCACACUGGAGAAAGGCCUUUUAAAUGCAGACAGUGUGGCCUGGACUUUAUUAGAAAUAAUUCACGUGUAAAGCAUGAAAAGAUAAAGCAUGGUUUAUUUCCGGUGAAAAAAGUGAAUGCUAAGGCUAAGGAAAGUGAGAAGAAGACCAGCUUGGAGAUAAGACCAUAUAAGUGCCAACAUUGUGAUAAAACAUUCAAUAGAGUAAGUGAGCAAAUUUUACAUGAAAGAGUUCACACUGGUGAGAGACCCUUUAAAUGUGAACACUGUCAAAAAGCUUUUACAAGAAAAAGUGCAUGUCUUAAACAUGAGUACAAACAUAGUGUUAACUUUAAACCCAUGGACUGUUCCAAGUGUGGUAAAACAUGCAUAGGAAAGAAGUCACUUGACUACCAUAUGAAAACUCACAGAAGACCUGGUGAAAAAUCAUUCAAAUGUGGCGUGUGUUGUAAGGAAUUCCACUCAAAUUUCCAACUGGAUGAGCAUGAAAGAACCCACACUGGGGAGAAGCCAUUUCUAUGUCAAUACUGUACUAAAAGCUUUGCCCAAAAGUCGACGUUGUUGUCGCAUGAAAGGACACAACACACGGGCGAAAAGCCAUUCAAAUGUCAGUAUUGUGAGGAGCAUUUCCCCACCAGAUUAUCUCGUAGUGAACACGAACGUUUCCACACUGGAGAAAAACCAUUCAAAUGUGAUUUCUGUGACAAGAGGUUUGUAAGGAGAGCAAAUUGGAGAGAACAUGUAAAGAAUCACAUGGGAAUUAAACCACAUGUUUGCUCUUUUUGCGGGAAAGGUUUUCUUAAUAAACAGCCAUGUGUUAUACAUGAAAGAACUCACACUGGAGAGAAACCAUUUCAGUGUCAGUACUGUGACAAGAGGUUCAUUAGGAAGGCAAAAUGUAACGCACAUGAAAGAACCCACACUGGAGAGAAAGCAGUCAAAUCUGGAGACAAAUUGAGAAAUCUGGCUAAAGUUCACAAAAAUCAGCAUGUUGAUGAAACGUUAAAGAGUCCAAACACCACUAGUGAUGCUGGAUCUUUUAUGAGCCACCUCUCAGAAAAUGGAUCCAGUAGUCAGCACCCUGAUAACUCGUAUGUUAAUCAGAGUUCUGACAACAUAUUCAGGAAUCAGCAACCUGAACUGCCGUGUAGAGCUCCAUAUUCUAAUAAUGUGUUCCCUACACCAGAAGUGGUUUACCCUGGAGAUAACCCUUUUAUGUACAAUAUGUAUAUGCCAGGAAUGUAAUUUUAAAGUUAUGAUUCCUUUCAAGUUGGGUCUAUCUGAUUCUGUACCUAUUGAAAAUGGAUCACUUAUUUUGUGCUCUAGAACUUUCAAAAAAUGAAUAACUUUUUGUCAGUAGUUUAUGGUACAAAAAAAAUGGGAAGUGAAUCUAAUGAAAGAUGACGACAUUUCUUUUUGUAAAAUAUGGAAUGAUGUGAAGUGCAAAGUGUAAAUAGAUUGGUAGGUAAAGAUCAUUUCUAACAUCUAUGUGGAACACAUUAUAUAGAAAAUAACUAGAUAAAAAGAUAUACUUGUAACAUAGAAAUAAGCAUGCUUGAAACUGAAGGUCUUAAAAUCAGGUAAGAUCAUGUUAUUUGCCCAAGACAGGGAAUUUGUCUUUGACUUGCAUUUCAUAUAUAUAUAUAU